ACGUGGGUUUGUUGGUAGGCGGGCUAGGGAGAGUUUGUGUAGCUGAGGAGGCUUUGCCCCAGCCUAAGUGUGGGGCACAGCGGGAUAACUCCGGUCCAGCCCCGCCGGCAUGGGGGGCAGCGAGAGCAGCUACGGGAACAGGAAAGUCUCCUUCGGGCUGGAUGAGCAGGAGCGAGUGCGGGUGCUGCAGGGCAUCAGGCUCUCUGAAGAUGUAGUGAAUCGAAUGAAGGAAACUCCUCAACUUAAAGGAGACCAGAGACCAUCUUCCUUUUCUUCUUCAUCCUAUGACACUGCAUCACCACCACAAGCUGCAGAAGGGAAACCCAAGUCUACUACAGAAGUCCAUCCACCAACUACCAGUAGCUCUGGUCGGAAGCCCUCUGAGGCAGAGGAGGACCUGUACAAAAGGUAUGAGCGAGAGCAGGCACUGGUCCAAGAGGAGCUGCUCCGGCUGGCCAAGAGGGAGCGGGAGUCCGCCAACGAGUGUCUCAGUACAACCCUCCAACGGGAAAAGAACAACACCAAUGAAGAGAAGCAGAAAGCAGCUCAGCUGGCACGUGAGCUACAGUGCAAAGAGGCGGAGUUGAAACGGCGAGAUGCCUUCUGUAAGGAGCAGUUGGCCCGUAUUGAGAGGAAGAAUGCUGAAAUCUACAAGCUGACAUCAGAACAAUUCCAUGAGACAGCCACUAAUGCAGAGAACCACAUAAAUGUACUGAGGGAUGGAGAAAGAAAAUGGAACUUCCCCUUUAACGAACAAAGACCUGAUUUAGCUUACUCAGUGGGAGGGGGAGAGGAGGAUCUGAAAUCCUGGAUUUCAUGUGUACACAGCCUUCCUUCCCAUUGGACAGCAGAGAAUCAAAGGCGAAGGAACACUGAGCCUCUGUGUGCAGGACUGCAGUCUGAGAUUCUGAAGUGCUACCAAGAAAACAAGCAUGAAGUGCUCAAGUGCUCAGAGCUGGCCAAGGAGUACCAGCGCUGUGUUAGUGCAGCACAGAAGGAUCUGUUGGUUAACUAUGAAUAAACUCCGGCAGCCACCAAAGAACAGAGCACAGGACCCAGAGGCCCUUGGAAGCCCAGCAUCAUUCUGGAUUUGUGCUGAUCAAAAUUGGUGCCUUUUGUCCGUAGCAGUCCAAGAAAAUGACACAGUUUCUCUUCUAAAUGCCUGCAUGUACUGGUCUUGCUGGAUGUUUUUGGAGUUUGGGGCCAAGGGAGGGCUUGAGGGGCAGCAUCGUUCUGCCAAAUGUGCUUCACCUUUUGUGUUCGUUCAUUGUGAAAAGAAGCUUAUGAACACAAAUACCCAACGCAUGGCACAUAACUCAGCAGUCCAUGUGACCCGAGGUCCAGUAAACUUCGUACUAGUUUUGGUUUAACUUACCCAAUCUGUGUUUCAAGCACUGUUGCCUUUGUCCUUGUGCUCCAGUGAAAAGCAUCUGAAGUAUUUGGAGAAGCAACCCUGACCUGCUUGUUAGGAUUAACUGUUCCUACCAUGCUCUUGUGGUUAAUACUAGCAAACACAUUCCUUCCCUUCCAAGGCUCCCUCCUGAGAACAAUAAACUGUUUAAUGGUCA